AUGAUGUCUUUCCCUAGCUUUACGUGCCACCUGAAAACUUCCGAUACUGGAAUUCCCAAUGAGCAAGUUCCCAACCUGGAUGUAACAUCAGGAUAUUCUCUAACAAAGAUCCCUGACUCUCUUAACCGUAAGCAUGACAUGUAACCAUUUAAUAUGCUAACGUUUGUUAGAGAGAGUGCAAGUGUGUGUGUGCGUGUAUGUGGCUGUGUGUAUUGCUCCCUGUCAGAAACCACUGUUAAUCAUUCCUUUGCUUUUCCUUUAAAUCAGUAUUCUAGAGCUAAAAACACAAAGCCAAGCUUUCCUUAAGUUAAAAUAUAUAUAUAUAUAUAUAUAUUCCAAUGAACGGACAUCACUCCAGGAACCUAUAGAUAAAGUAAAAUAUAACUUUUAAUUCGUAUAAAGAAAUAAAAAGUCCACAUCAAUGUUUCGGCUCCUCUCUGGAGCCUUCUUAAGGAUGACAGACCUAGCAUGCUCCCCUGGGUGGCAGCCCAUUCGUUAGAUGAACGCCAUCCAGGGGGAGCAUUCGCGGAUUGCUUCCCACCUCGUUCGGUUCCCGAACGAGGACCUCCCUGGCACCCAUUGGAAUGUUGGCAACUCGCAACAUAGUGUGAAACCGCAAGGGAAGUAAUUAAGGAGUGCUUCUCUGUGUGGCCACUGUUCGUAUAGGUGAGCACCGGCCAGGUGGAGCAUUAAUGUCUGAAAAGAAAUGCUUCCCUUGCCUAGUUCCACACAGUGAAUGGUGGCAUUCUGGGGGGUUCCGGAGAUUGGUGGGGACAUCCUUUGGGGACAAUAGCAGAGGUUGGCGGUCUCUCUGUCACUGGGCCUUCUACAAUGAGCCUUCCACAGCAGAACUCCUGACCAAGCUCAUCUCUGAGACCCAAGCAUUCGUCCUGGCUCAGAAGUAGGGGGUGGGAGUCCCACAACACUUUAGGAACCACAGACAAGAGAGGGGCCAGCCACCCCUGCACCAAACCAAAGUUACCCCAUACUGCCUUCAGGGAUGCAGUGGAGGGCAUUGAAGACUUCCUGCAGGACUUUGAGCAGCAGGGCCUCCUACAAGUAGUCGCCCAGGCGGAUGGGACGCCAUCCUGGGCAGCAAGUUGACAGGAAGGGCUGCAGAGGUGUAUCGAGCAGUACCCGGAGACUAGAUCUGUGACUACGUAGCCAUGAAAGAGGUCCUACUAGCCCAGUAUGCCAUAACUCCGGAUGCAUACUGGCGAAAGUUCAGAGGGACAAGAAAAGGGAAGAAGGACUCCCAUACAGAGCUCCCCAGAACUGGGUGGACUUGCAACAAGCCAAGUCCCCCAAAGAGGUGCUCCAGUUGUUCAUGAUGAAGCACUUCUAGAAUGGACUAACCACCAAAGCCCAGGAAUGGGUGAGAGAUAAGCAGCCCAAGACCCUCGCCGGUGAUGCCAAGCGGGCGGACGAGUACGCUGACACCCGACGGUCCCAACAUUCAGCCCCCCCAGCUACCAACCAGCCCCAAGACUCCUACCUCAGCCUAACCCUUAUUGAUCUGUUCGAAUAACUGAUAAAUCACCAAAUGACAGACCACCCAUAUGCGGAGUGUGCCACUUGUUGACCCCAUUAACCUCUGCGAACACCUCCAGUAACAACGAUAAAAUGUGAACAUGUAGUGGCGGCCAUUUUAAGCCGUGAACACAGACAGCCGUGUUUGGUUGUCGAGUGUUUGUAACUAAAAUCAGACACUCGACGGCGCGAACACCUCUGGAACGUCCACCUCCAUCGAAGUUUGGCAAAAGGUGUGGGAAUUAAAAGGUGUUCAGUGGGAGCAAACUCACGAACAAGAGACACAAACUUGGCAUAUUCACAAAUGGUUAUGUUCGGUAUUUUAUUGUAUUUUGUACCUGUGACGAGAGCAAUCUCACCACAUUGCAUUGGAGAAGCCUGGUUGCUCGCCUGUUGCCUUUGGAUUAUGGCCCCAUGUUAAAAGACUUCGUUUCUCCUGCAGAAAAGACUUAUUCGUGCUUUUCUGCCCGGUGUUCGGUAGAUCCAAUCUACCUAACUAACACACGAAUGUCUGGACCACCUGGGAGCUGGAGUGUGUCGGCAAUUAGCCUCCCAGAAGCUGCGGUUAACCGCAGCUUAAUUGACGAAUGCUGGGUGGCCGCCAUUCGUAUACCGAAUGCAAGGUCGCGGCCAUUUUAAACACGCGAACGCACAGCGGUGUUCGACACCCAACUCAUGGAACUGAAAACGGAUGCAUUUUGGCGCGAACAUCGCUGAAGCCGACCGACAUCCCUUCUUGUUUGGUAGAAGUGCACGAACGGCCCUGUAUUCGGUAGUUGUACCUGACUACACCAUACCCCAGAUAGGAAUCCCGUGGAGCUCAAACAGACCACUGCUUGACCCUUGUCUCGUCCUUGGGGGGGAUUUACUGUAUGCUGAUAGAGACUGAUUGCUAGGAGUGUAAGCCGCUUGGGUGCUUUUCCUAUUCGUCUGCUAGCAGCUAUUCGUAUGGUUCCAGUUCUGGAGUUUGGAGUGCUAUAUUGUAUGCAGUUCGGGAGAUUGGAGCAUUCCCUUAUUUGCGGUUCGGGAGUUUGGUGUUCUACAGUAGCUGUGCCUGCAUCUCUGGAAGGGGAAGAUCGCCUUAACGGUUUUAACCCCUUGUGUGCUGAAACGGUCCGUUACAGUACCCCCAAAGGAGUCUGGCCGAUCAGCCUGGUUUCGUGAAACUAUUUUAGGUAGGCCUUUUGUGCGCUGUCAGUCUAAAGUUUACCCCGGUGGUGUUUUGGCUGCGUUCAAGGGACCUGAGUGCUUUCAGGGUAUGUUGGGUGCUCAGAUCCAGGCUAUCUGGGGAUAUAGGACUUGAGGGGGUACUCGCUUAUUAAAUAUAUGUGUUGAAGUGUAUCGAAAGUGUAUCUUGGAGGGGCCCGUUUGGCAGCCUCAGGACUAUGGGCCAUGCAAAAAGCUCAUAAAAGACUUUUUGCUAUUCUGUUUGGAAAUCAAACAGACGCACGAACCAGGGACCACCUGAGAGCUUAUUAAGCCCUAUCAUCACCUCUUAACGAUUCUUACCUCAGCAUUCUAAUUGUUCGUGUGGUGGCCGCAGUUCACAUGGUCGACCACAAGGUGGCGUACAUCUUCUUCCCGUGAAUGAGGCAUCACUGUUUGAUCGUUGAGUUCAUGGAACUGUUUUCGGAUGCUGAAACUCCAGAACACCGCUGGACUUCCAUCAUAGCCUGCGUUUGAUACUUUACAUCUUUGAAGAUCUCAGUUCGGUGGAAUCGUUCGUCGGAAUGAGGUGAACAAGCUCCACGGUAUAAAUAUUGACUACGUGUGUGUUUUUUUUUUUUUCAUUUGUAAACUACCUCACUAGACCAACCGCAAGCCCUGAUUCUCUGGAACUGUUUUGGGCAUGGGACCAUGCAUGUGGUCGGUUAAAUAAAUGACUUCCAUAAAAUUCUUGAACCCCUGAACUGAUCUGUCUGAUUUUUUUUUUUUUUUUGCAUAUGUUGGUCACCCAGAUCAAGGCUAUAAGGGGAUGUAACAUUUGUGGGCAUAUAUUUUUGGGUUUUUGUAAAAUGUUUUUUCUGCCUGGAGAUAAUUGGGCUAAUACAGUACACAAUUAUCUCCCAGGCAGAGGGAAGGGAUUGUGUGCUGUGUGUGGGAGUGCCUUACAUUUUAACUCUGUUAUUAUUGGUUUGUAAGUUUAUCAGUCCCCAACAAGGUCAAUGUGGGCGUACCCUUGCUUGGGAACUUGCAUAAAAGGUCAGUGUGGCUACAAUUAAACCAGUCUUACUUUUACCCUCAAUACAGUCUUGCCUCUUGUUGUUGGGAAAUGCUAUACCAGCUAUAAUCCCUGCUCCUGGUAUUGCUCUUGGAUUACUAUACUGGCUAUAAUCACUAGCUCUUUUAAGAGCUACACCGCCAGACCUAUAUACUCUCUUGGAGGGGAGGCCUUCCCACUGGGAAGGGAUGGUAAAACCCCAGCCAAGCUGCGUGGCUAGGGGGGCUAUGGUGCUUAUGGUCCUCAAUGUCCGCUAGGAAGCAUCGAUUGGCAGAAGCAUGCUCCAGGGUUAUAGGGACUUGGCAGCCUCUGGGUAGGUGGGAAAAGACUGGGAAGGGUUCAUUGCAUCGCGGAGAUCAGGAAGCCAGGGACAGUUCCUACCACCAAACAGUUGUUAGCUCCCAGGAAAUAUUGGCAAGAGCUAAUGAAGAUAGCUUGCGAUAUUCCCCUGACCGGGCAUUUGGGAAUGAGCCGUUCAAAGAAUCUGCUCACCAAAAGCUUUUUCUGGCUGGGCAUGUCCAAGGAUCUGAGGCAGAUCUGUGAUAUCUGCCAGAGGGUAGGGAAGAGGGGCAACCGGCACAAGGCCAAGCUCCAUACCCUACCGGUCAUUGAGGAUCCUUCCGGCAGGGUAGCUGUCGAUUUCAUAGGUCCCCAGGCCAUGCCUAGUCCUUCUGGGAAGAGGUACAUUUUGACCAUUGUGGACUAUGCCACUCGUUACACUGAGGCAGUCGCUGGAUUGGAUCAGAGGCAGGUUUAACAGUAAAACAGAGCAAGUGUCACCUCGGGAUGGCCGAGGUGCAGUACCUGGGGCAUUGGGUGGAGUGUGGGGCACAGAAGCCUGAACCGGCCAAGGGAGAACCUGUAGCUAGUUGGCCCCGUCCCUGAACAAAAACCCAGGUACUGGUCUUCUUAGGAACUGCCGGAUAUUAGAGAAUGUUUGUCCCCAAUUACAGUGUCAUAGCUAAAUUUCUCUGACCUGACCUGAAAAAACCUACCCCAACAGGUAGCCUGGACCCCAGAGUGUGAGUCGGUGUUCCGAGCCAUCAAGGACACCCUGGUAAAUGCCCCUGUACUGACCGCUCCUAAUCCCAGGAAACGUUUUCUCGUCCACACAGAUGCCUCCAUGUUCAGAUUGGGAGCAAUACUGAGCCAGGUCAGGGACUGUAACGGCACCCUCAGCAUAAAAGGGUUAAACCGCCGUUUAGGAGAUCUUCCCCUUCCAGAGAUGCAGGCACAGCUACUGCAGAACACCAAUCCGCCAAACAGGAAACCAUACGAAUGCUGUAAACAGCCGAAUAGGAAAAACCAUACGAAUAGGUUUACACUCCUAGCAGUCAAACUGGAACAGCAUACAAUAAAUCCCCCCAAGAACGAGACAAAGCUCUGUGUUGAGGGUCAAGCAGUGAACAGACAGAGCUGUGGGUUUAUUGUUCUUAUAUACACAUUCUUACACAUUAGUACCACCCACAGGGUUUUAGAACACAACCAAUAAGCACAUACAAUACACUCAGACACUCCCACACAAAUUCCUCCCCUCUGCACGUGAUUCAAUUACCUUACAAAAUGGGUAAUGUAAUUUAGCACAAGCAGAAAAAUAAAAUUUUUCCACAUUAUUCAUAACUUGAAAAGUAUGCAUCACAUGCCGACAGGCUGUCCAGGAGACCGCCCUGGACAAGUGAUCCAUGCUUGCUUCCCCCGGACAUCAGCAGGCUGUUCCGUUAGGACUUGCCUGCGGAUGCUGGCCAGUGUUUAAGGGGGAGCUGUGUAGCGGAACCCCCGCUAGACUGUGAACUGCCUUGGUUACCCUGCAAUGUGUGUUACUAUCCUGACCGCCCUUUCGUGUGUUUUCCCUAUCUUGACACUGUGUUUCAUUUGUUGUGUUUGUAGAGCUAUCUGCUCCCCGUUCAUGAGCACCGCCAUGAGCGGGACUCUAUUUACAUCCCGAAUGGGGACAACCACAAAAUCCCAUUUAGAAUGUAGUUUUAGAACAUUCGCACCUCAUAUUGAGGUGUCCAAACGAACGCCAUCCAGGAGGAGCAUUUGCGGAUUGCUUCCCUCCUCUUUUGGUUCCCGAGGAACGAUGACCUCCCCGGCACCCAUUGGAAUGUUCACACCAAUCAAUUAGAGCGUUCACAACUCGCAACAUAAUGUGAAACCACAAGGGAAGUAAUUGAGUGCUUCUCUGGGUGGCCGCCGUUCAUAUAGGCAAGCGCUGUCCAGGGGGAGCAUUCAUCUCUGAAAGGAGGCACUACCCUUGCCUGGUUCCACACAGGGAACCUGCGAACGGUGGCUGUUCAUGGCCGUUACCGUUCUGGGGGUCCCUGAGAUUGGUGGGGACAUACUUUGAGGACAAUGGCGGGCUCUCUGUCACUGGGAGGUAAAGAGGUGGGAAGAUUCCCGUGCUACGACCCCCAGAUACAGAGAAUUCUCAGUGGGCACCUGGGAGGGGACACUGAGUGGCGGGAACAGGGGACAUAGAGAUUGGGGUUUUUCCAGUGGGGGAGGACCCUGGGAGGGGACAAUGUCUUCAGGUGUGUUCCACCCCUUGCAUGGGGAAAGUAUAAAGCUGCGUGUGGCCAAUAAAGUUGCUGUUGUACCCCUUGAACCAUGUGUCAUCCAGUUACUGGGAGGGAAAUGGGUCUGCUUAAUAGCGGAGGUAACCAGCCGGGUUACCCAUGGUCUGCUACAAUUCUGUAUAAUCCAAUCCCAUACAUUCUGUAUCUGACCCCCACCCGUCCUCAUUUAAUUAAAUCCCACACAUUCUGUAUCUUUGUCGUGUCCCCACUAGAUUAUUUAUUGCUGCCUUCCUAAUGUGCCCUACCACUAAGAGUGCCACUGGGGCACCUGCUGCUAACUAUACGUGGCAGUGUUGGCAUCUGCUUACCCACACCACCAGGUAUCCACAUCACUAGAGAGCGCACAAGGGACUUGUGCAGGAAGAACACAGUGAUGAGUGUCUUUGCUUAUGAGUGUGUCUUUUUGUGUGACUUUGGACUGUGAUUGUGUGUGUGCUUAUGCAUGUCUUUCUUUACUGUUGUGUGUGUGUGUGUGUGUGUGUGUGUCUGUGUUUCUGAGUGUGAGUUACCCCAUCCCCAGUGUAAUUAUUAGGGCCCCAUAGUUUUGACUGUAUCUUAUAUAAUGUUCCUAGAGUCACAACUCCUCAUGCUGUGUUGCAGAUCUGUGUACUCACAUACGUUCUAAAUCAGAGCCUCAGGAUCAGCACUCUCUACCACAAACUUGACUGUCAAUCUUCCUGACUCUUCAGUGUUUCCUGUCUGUGUUUCCCCUGGGUGUCUCCCUCGCUCCCGAUUUGGGCUUCAUCAUAUCUCUUCUUUACUUCCAGGAUGCCUGUCAGAGUCCUAUGAGGACAUUGAAUUUGUGGGCAAUGUGUUGUCCUUUGGUCCAGUUGGCAGUCUGGAUGAGUGUCAGUUGGCAUGCACACGUAACCCAGGUUGCCAAUUCUACACGUACUACUCCUCAACCAAUACAGAGUCGGGCAUACAGUAA